CACGCAAUGACUAACGAUUUAUCCGGUUUAAUCGACCGGUUGUCGCUAAAACCAUCACUCUCUGAGCUAGAAGAUAUCCUCAGAAAGCUUGUGGCUGACGGUUUCACCUCACAGCCCACGUCUAUCCAGCUAAAGGCAGCGGCUAGCUUGAUCAGUCACGUCCUCCCCGACCUCUAUUUCUCUCUAGACGGGUCAUGCAAACAUCUUAUAUCCGAAAUAUUUACCAGCAUUGUGGGCAUAGGCAAUUUGGCCUCCCGAAUCCAGAUGCUAACGCUUGGUAAAGACCCCCAGGUGGCGGUACUCCUUGAGGUCCUUAUGGACGUAUUGCAAGUGGGGUCCGUCGAAAAGUUGGUUUUACAGGCACGCGGAAACAGGGUUGAGUUGAAGGAGAUUGAAAAAAUGUUUUUCAAAGGGAAGCUUUUGGGAAUUCUUAACGAGGCGUCACCAAUAGCCGAACAAACCACCAGCCACAACCUAGCGACGUUCCUCGAUAUAAAACAGUACUCCCGGUGGCUCAGCACUGAAAUUCUAACUAUGUCUGAAAGCUGUCCAGUGAGUAGUAUUACUCCCUUUGUCACCUCACUCUUGUCCUUACACGCUACUGCGUCACUAGAGUUCUUGGGUCUCUUCUGCUCCAGCAACAACAUGCCGUACUUGCUUCAGCUCUACACCCAGCUUACGCCCAUAGCAAAGCGCAGCUUCAUCUCACGUAACUUGGUUGCCUAUAUUUCCAGGAUUCCGGUGUCCGGUUCAGACAGCCAGGUCAUCUCCUUUGCGUACUUGCUUAGCCAGUUCAACGUGCGCAUGGAUAUGGCGCAUUUGAUGAGGGCAAACGUGACACUAAGCGACGACAGAGUUAUCAUCGCCCUUGGAUUACUCCUCUCCCAGGACACCCGAGUGUUGGGCGACACGUUUGAGCACCUCCUAGCGAUCUGGUCCGAUGCCUCCUUCGUCAAAGCGUCCCCGCUUACCACCCAACAGGACUACUCAAAGCUUAUACUAGUGUUUGUAUACUAUUUGCCUCAGUCAGAGAUACAGCGCUUCUUGAAGAGCCCUGUAUUUUUGGAGGGGAUCAGCACCCGUUUGGGGUCGUUCUCCAACAACGUCAAGUCUCUCGGGAUGGUCUUGGCUGACAAAAUGUGCGAAAAGGCCGGUGAAUCGUCUAUUUUCAGCACCACCAAGGAACAGGAGUUGGAGUUGUUUGGCGAAAUAAGGUUUAUUGAGACCGCUGCGUUUGAAAGACAGGGCACCGUGCUCUGGGAAUCCCUAGAGGUAUCAAAACCAGUCCCAACCAACCACCAGACGGUUAUCCCUCCACAAUCAGGCAGUUUAGCGGCCAAGGGUUCCAACAGGCUCAAGCUCGAGCGGAUGGUGAUCGACUCUGAUGACGAGAGUUCCGACGACGACGAUCCAACCGUCACGGCGGCCGUCAAGCCAGCCAAACCGGUAUACGUCCAUGAUUUGCUCUCCUAUCUCACAACCGCAAAGACCCAUCCCCAGGCGUACGACCGUGUGAGUAUGGCCUUGACUAUCGCACCGACCUUGAUCCGCCAGAAAGCCAGGUUUGGCCAGGAAGUGAUGCAGUACUACGAGGCACUCACCAAGUGUUUUGUGGGUAUGAGUGAUGAGUAUGGCACGGACGACUUUGAAAAGAAGAAGUUGAACGGGUUGGUGGCGAUGGUUGUGGCAUUACCCACCGCUGUGCCCCAGCUUUUGGUCAGGCUUCUCAUGGCUGGUGACUACUCCUUGCAGCAACGAUUGGCCAUUCUCAGUUCCAUCAGUCUUGGUGCCCGUGAGCUCAGAGGCUACCAGGAUGGUACAGUGACCGAGUCGUAUGUGAAACAGCUGUUUCCGACCAAGCUUCUCCCAGAACAGCUCCACAAACAGUUUGUCGUGUUCAACAAGGAAACAGACAGUGAGGACCACCAGAGCUUGCUCUUCGGGGUUGACGCUAUUGCUAAUGAGAUUCAGGACGGUCUGUUGCAGGCGGCGAAACAGGAGCUCGAAAACCACCUCGUGCCGGCAGGGAAGGUGUUGCGGAUCUCCAGAAACUUGGUCAGGCAAAAGGAGGCGCAAAAGACCCCACCAGUGGCCAAUAACUACACUAAAAUCGCAGGAAAGGCGUUCUUUUUCCCCUUAGUCGCUGCCUGGAACAAGCUCGGCGGUGGCAUCAACAUCGGCCACUAUUCCCCCGUGUUGAGCGGCCACUAUGUCAAGACCCUAGCCUUAUUGCUCCAUGCAGCGUACCCGUCUUCCCCGGACUUGGCUGACAUGAUUGGGGAGAUGUUGCACCUUAUCACCGGCUUACGGAAAACCAUGCGGACCGAAGACCUUCCCGUCUUGGAGGCCAUGUUGACGGCUGUUCUCAUCGUGAUCGACUGCUGCGAUGGGCAGUGGUUGGCCCAGACCUACCAGGCGGAGGUUACAGAGCUUCAGAGCUGGAUAGAAGCCACAUGGGAGGGAAUCACCGAGCCGAAGGUUAACAGUAUGGCUGCAGGGGUGGUUAUCAAGCUCAACGGUGUCAUGGAGCAGUACCAGGAAGCACUCAUACGGGGAUUUAUGUAGCCUACAAGUCCCGGCCCUUAUAGAAAUGAUAAAUAUG